AUGCCGGGCGCGGAGGCGGACCCCCCCGCCUGUCCUCCGCCGCGCCCGCCGCUCUCGAAGCGGGCAGCGCUCGCGUCGCUCGAGCCCCUCUCCUACCAGGCGGACUUCUUCAGCAUCCUGGGCAACCUCUGGCACCCGCAGUCGAACCCCGGCGGCGUCGUGAACCUCGGGGUCGCCGAGAACAAGUUCUGCAGGAGGCUGCUGCAGGACCGGGUGGCCCGCUGCCACCUGUCGGUGCCCGACGACCUCGUCGGCUACUCCGACUUCGCGGGCUGCGCCGAGCUCCGCAGGGCCUUCGCGGGCGUACUGGAGCGCCUCGUGUUCCGCAACGGCGCGGCGGUCGACCCAGACCGCCUGGUGCUCUCCAACGGCUGCACCUCGACGCUGACGAUGCUGGCGCAGAUCCUCAGCGACGGGGAGCUGCCGAGGGGCACGCAGGACUCCGGAUGCCGCGCUGGCAAGAAGAUCUUAUACGUGGCUCCGCGCUACCCGGCCUUCCGCAGCGACCUCAGGGGCCUCGCGGACGUUGAGACGGUCCAGGUGCUUCCCUCCAAGUUGGGUGCGCUCCCCACAGCGGCCGAGCUCGACGCCGUCUGGGCGAGAGAAGCGUCCGCGCCCGCAGCUGGGCGCGACGCCGAUGGCGGCGCCGAGUGCAACAGCAUCGUGGCCAUGAUAGUGUGCAACCCAGACAACCCCACUGGCGUGUCCUACACGGAGGCUGAGCUGAUGGAGGUCGUGUCCUGGUGCCGCAAGCGAUCCAUGUACCUCAUUGCCGACGAGAUAUACGGCGCUGGCUGCUGGGGCCAGGGGGAGCGGCGGUUCACGUCUCUCGUGGGGCAUGCCGAUGUCACUAUCUGGGGCCUGAGCAAAGACUUCGCGAGCUCGGGUGCGCGUGUCAGCGUGGCCUGCGUCCCGACGCGGGGUGGUGGCGACUCCGCAGCUGCGGACGGCCUGCUCGAGGCCCUGAAAGGCCGGAGCAUCCUCCACGCGCUGCCGAACGUGGCGCAGGUUGUCCUGCUGCAGCUGCUGACGGACGACGAGUUCAUGGACAGCUACUUGUCCGCCUGUCGCGAGGCCAUGUUCCGCGCCGCCGAGGAGGUGAAGGCCUUCCUGCGGCGCCUGGGGAUCCCGUUCGUGGACUCCCAGGGCGGCAUGUUCCUCUGGGCCGACUUCUCGGCCUGCGGCCUCAGCAGCCACGAGCUCUUCUCCAGGCUGCUCCGGGGGCACGGCGUGUUCCUCACCCCGGGCGCGGAGUUCUUCGACAAGCACGGCCCGAGCGGCGUUGCGCCGGAGAGCGUCCGCUGGAUGCGCCUCUGCUUCGGCGCGUGCGACGGGCCGGACGCCCUGCGAGAGGGGCUGCGGAGGGUAGAGGCGUUUGUGGCGGAGAGCCGCGCGGCGGCAUCGACGGAGUGA